UAAAAAGGACCACAAUGCUUAGCAAAGACACAUAUUGCAAGAAGACAACAAGAGACACCGCUCAAAACAAAGACGGAUUCCACUUUUACAAAACUUUUUCACUGGGUGAUUACUUUUUUAUCCUGUUUGCUAACAGGCAGGCUCCAUAAUGAGAUCCUGUGCUUUGUUUGUGUGUCUGCUUUGGGGGCUGAGCACACAGGAUGGAUGGAGUCUUCCCCUGAAGUCAGUCCAUGUCACAUUUCCAGGAGACAUCAUCAAAAACUUGACUGAUAUACAGUUGGCAGAAAGUUACCUGAAGAAGUUUGGCUACAUGGAGAUCUUGCAACGCAGCGGUUUCCAGUCUAUGGUGUCCACCUCCAAGGCUCUGAAGAAGAUGCAGAAACAGAUGGGUCUGGAGGAGACGGGUGAGCUGGAUUCAGCAACUUUGGAGAUAAUGAAGCGGCCUCGCUGUGGGGUGCCUGAUGUGGCCAACUAUAAAACAUUCGAGGGAGACCUUAAAUGGCAACAUAAUGAUGUCACAUACAGGAUUGUCAACUACUCUCCAGACUUGGACAUCUCUCUGACUGAUGAUGCUUUUGCCAGAGCUUUGAAGGUGUGGAGUGAUGUGACGCCUUUGACGUUUACCCGCCUCUUUGAAGGGACGGCGGAUAUCAUGAUAUCCUUUGGAAAAGGCGACCAUGGAGACCCGUACCCGUUUGAUGGAAAGGAUGGUCUUUUGGCCCAUGCAUAUCCACCCGGUGAGGGACUCCAAGGGGAUGCCCACUUUGAUGAUGACGAAAACUGGACGCUGGGAAAAGGACCAGUUGUGAAGACUCAUUUUGGGAAUUCAGAGGGUGCCAUUUGCCAUUUCCCCUUCACUUUUGAGGGCAAAUCAUACACAGCAUGUACCACCGAUGGCCGCUCAGAUAACCUUCCAUGGUGCGCCACCACUGCUGAUUUCAACAGGGACGGAAAAUACGGCUUCUGUCCAAGUGAACUGCUAUACACUUUUGGUGGAAACGCCAAUGCAGCCCCGUGUGUCUUCCCAUUUGUGUUCCUGGGGACGGAGUACAACGGUUGUACCACAGAGGGCCGCAAUGAUGGAUAUCGCUGGUGUUCCACCACAGACAACUUUGAUAAGGACAAGAAAUAUGGACUCUGUCCCAGUAGAGACACUGCUGUAUCUGGUGGAAAUUCUGAAGGAGAGCCGUGCCACUUCCCAUUCACUUUCCUGGGUCAGCGGUACGAUUCGUGCACCAGUGAGGGUCGCAAUGAUGGCAAACUGUGGUGUGCUACCACCAGCAGCUAUGAUGAGGACAACAAAUGGGGCUUCUGUCGUGAUGACGGUUAUAGCCUCUUCUUGGUGGCCGCGCAUGAGUUUGGACACGCCCUCGGUCUGGAUCACUCCAAUAUUCGAGAUGCACUGAUGUACCCCAUGUACAGCUAUAUGGAGAACUUCUCCCUGCAUAGAGACGAUAUUGCAGGCAUUCAGUAUCUAUAUGGACGCAGAGAAGGCCCAGACCCGAUACCUCCGACUGACACACCUACCACAACACCAUUUGAACAUGAACCCACUACCACCCUAAAACCUGUGGAUCCAACCAAUGAUGCCUGCAAAGUUAACAAAUUUGACACCAUCACUGUUAUCAGUAACAAUCUAUACUUCUUUAGUGGCGGGUAUUACUGGAAGAAAUCCACCAGCGAUAACGGGGAGGUCAAAGGUGCGUUCAGAAUUUCUGAGCAUUGGCCAGCACUGCCAGCAGUCAUUGAUGCUGCCUUUGAAGACAUUCUCACCAAGAAAUUGUACUUCUUCUCUGGGCGCCAAUUCUGGGUUUAUUCAGGACAGAAUGUUCUGGGCCCCCGCAGCAUAGAGAAGCUCGGCCUCCCCAACAUCCUGGAGAAGGUGGAGGGAGCACUGCAGAGAGGGAAAAGCAAAGUCCUGCUUUUCAGUGGGGAGAAAUACUGGAGGUUUGAUGUGAAGACCCGGUAUGUUGAAAGGGGCUACCCCCGAUAUACGCACACUGCUUUUGGUGGUGUUCCCAAUGACCCCCAUGAUGUGUUCCAGUUCAAGGGGUACAUCUAUUUCUACUGGGACCGUUUCUACUGGCGCAUGACGUCCGGCAAGCAGGUGGAUCGUGUUGGUUAUGUCAAAUAUGACCUCCUCAAGUGUUCCGAUUCUUGAACCCUUGUGAGGACUAUUCUGUUGAUAUGUUGACAAACCUAUGUCCUGCCUGUGCAGGAAUUAGGGAGCGUGUAAAUCAGCAUUUAUGCCUGAUGAGAAAUUGUAUUGUUGAUAGGGCAUUGUUGAUGUGAUGCACACAUUGGCCUUUAUAGCAUGUUAAUCAUGCUAAAAAACAAACAAACAUCUGGAUCAAAUUCCAAAGUUUCUGAAUAAUUUAUACAUUAAUUAUCUGACUGGUGCAGACUUGUAAACAGCAUUUCAUUGUUUUGGUAUCUGUUGUGUUUUUACAAUCUACAUGUAUACUUUA